AUGAGGGGGGAGGGGCUGGGGGCGGGGCUAGAGGAAGGGGGUGGUGAUGUGGGCGGGGCCAGACAGAAAGGGUCGGGCUGGGCCUGCCGGGCGGUGCUGAGCGAUGGGCACCAGCGCACGGUGCGCAGGGUGGCCUGGUCCCCCUGCGGCUCCUACCUGGCCUCCGCCAGCUUCGAUGCCACCACCUGCAUCUGGAAGAAGCAAGAGGACGGCUUUGAGUGCGUCACCACGCUGGAGGGGCACGAGAACGAGGUGAAGUCGGUGGCCUGGGCUCCCUCCGGCACCCUGCUCGCCACCUGCAGCCGUGACAAGAGCGUCUGGGUCUGGGAAGUGGAUGAGGAGGAGGAGUACGAGUGCGUCAGCGUCCUCAACUCCCACACGCAGGACGUCAAGCACGUGGUGUGGCACCCCAACCAGGAGCUCCUGGCCUCGGCCAGCUACGACGACACGGUGAAACUGUACCACGAGGAGGAGGACGACUGGGUGUGCUGCGCCACGCUGGAGGGCCACGAGUCGACGGUGUGGAGCGUGGCCUUCGACCGCAGCGGCGAGCGCUUGGCUUCCUGCAGCGACGAUAAGACGGUGCGCAUCUGGCGCCAGUACAAGCCGGGCAACGAGGAAGGGGUGGCCUGCAGCGGCACCGACCCCACCUGGAAAUGCGUCUGCCACCUCUCCGGGUACCACCCCAGGACCAUCUACGACGUGGCAUGGUGCCACCUCACCGGGGCGCUGGCGACGGCCUGCGGCGACGACGCCAUCCGGGUGUUCGAGGAGAGCGCGUGCUCCCAGGCGCGGCAGCCCACCUUCAGCCUGGCCGCUCACGUGCCCCGCGCCCACUCGCAGGAUGUCAACUGCGUGGCCUGGAACCCCAAGGAGCCGGGCCUGCUGGCCUCCUGCAGCGACGACGGCGAGAUCGCCUUCUGGAAGUACCAGCGGCCUGAAACUUGUUGA